AUGGCUCGUAGAAGCGCCAUCCAACAAGAGCGCGAUCGAGUCCAGCUCGAGAUCGAAAACACGGAAGAUGCACUGGACAAACUGGUCUCCUUCAACUAUUCACUCAUGCAGGAGAUGGAGAUGGAUUCUCAAUCCGACUAUUCAACCGACGCGACUGGCACGGACACCGACGCGGUCCUACAGCCUCUUCCACACUGUCGGAACAUCUGUGAUCCGUCUUUCCCGCUUGUCCUCUAACUCACAAUAUAACAAACGGACCAUCCAGCAUCUCAUCGAUUUGUCAUGUGCCCUCCUCUCCCCCCUCUCCGGUAUCAUCGGCUCCCGAAUCAUACGCUGCGUCGUCCGAGUCCGAUGGAGACGCCGAAUAUCUUGACGCGUUGAAGGAGCUCCGCAAUGAUCAGUUUCACUCCAACUACAACUCGGCACUGGCAGCGGAAGCACAUCUCGAGGCUUUACACUGUGAAGCAGCAGAUCUCGCUCGCCAACGCUACCUCAAUCGGGCACAUAAAUACACCCCUAGACCACCCGGCCACGGAUUGGACAGGUGCCUCGACGAGGAUCGCCAACUGAACGACGAGGAUUUUGCGACGGAGCUUCGCAUGAGCAGACAAGCAUUUAACGAGCUGUACGAAGCCGUGAGUCUCAAUUUAAUUAUGUAA